AUGGUGACCGCUCGAAAGGAAACUAUAGUGACAGUGGAGAAAGAAGAAUUGAGCUCUACAAAGGAGUUUAAUGCUGUCUGGAGUGAUUCCGAAGAACAACGUACAGUUGGUGAUAAUCCUUUUGAGGACCCUAACGUAGCUGAGUACUACCGUAAGGUAUAUGAAGACGCCAAAUAUGAGUGCAGACAUGCAUUUGAUCCAAAACUAACAUGGACCAAAGAGGAAGAGCGGCGCAUAGUCCGUAAGUUAGAUAUUCAUGUUGCCCUAGUCGCAUGUAUUCUCCUUGGGGCAUUUCAGAUAGACUCUGGGAAUUUGAGUCAAGCAGUGGCUGAUAAUAUGCUAGACGACCUAAAUAUGGAUACAAACCAAUACAACUUAGGUAACCAGCUGUUCAGUAUAAUUGUACUACUAGCAGAAAUUCCAGUUCAACUUUUAUCCAAGCGUAUUGGUCUAGAUAUAGUUAUUCCAUCUCAAGUUGUUUGUUGGAGCGUUGUCGCCAUGUCCCAAACAGCCAUGAAAAACUAUACUGGCUUCUUCAUAACUAGAAUGUUCAUUGGGCUUUUUGAAGGUGGUUUCAUGUCGAAUCUUACCCUCUGGUUAUCAUAUUUCUAUACUUCCCGCGAGUUGGCUGUUCGUGUCUCAUUGUUCUUUGCAACAAUGUCUACAGCGCACAUGAUGACUUCCCUGGGGGCAUUCGGAAUUUUCAGGAUGAGAGGUUUGUGCAACCUUGCGGGCUGGCAAUGGAUGUUUUUACUAGAGGGUCUUAUUACCCUCUGUAUUGGAAUGAUUGGUUACAUGCUGGUUGUACCAUCGAUAGUACAGACUAAGAACAAGCUCUACCGAAAGGGAUGGUUCAGCGAAUCUGAAAUGCUAAUAGCAGUGAAUAGAGUACUUCGUGAUGAUCCUAGCAAAGGCGAUAUGCAUAAUAGACAAGGUCUCUCGCUGGGUGCUUUUUUGAAUACUUUGCGAGACUACGAUCUAUGGCCCGUAUACUUAAUUGGCUUGAUACAGUAUAUUACUGAAGCAACUGUAUCACCUUAUCUGCUAUUGACGCUAAGGAAUGCUGGAUUCUCACGGCUAAAUGUGCAAUUGAUGGCUUUACCGAAUAGCGCCUCUUACUCUAUAGGGGUCCUUGUAAUCACGAAGUUUGCGCAAAUAAUUGAUGAAAGGGCUCUUGUGGGACUAAUACCCUGCGUUUGGAAAGCAGUAUUAUUAGGGAUGCUGAGGUGGUGGCCUGGGACCUUUGUUAAUGCCUGGGGAACGUAUGCCAUUAUGAUUGUCCUAUUGGCUGCACCAUUUACUAACCCGAUAUGUGUAGGCUGGGUCUCGAAGAACGCAAAUUCGAUUAAAACACGAACAGUAGCAUGUGCAACAUUCCAAAUGUUCUACAGGACCGGAAUAAUUGCUGCGACUCAAAUCUACAGGGCGGAUGAUGCUCCAUUGUAUCACAGAGGCAAUAGCAUUCUAUUUUGGAUAAUAAUUGCAAAUAUUCCAGUGAUUAUCUCUACGAAGUUAUAUUAUAUAUGGCGUAAUAAAAGCCGUGACAAAAUAUGGGAUGCAAUGUCCGAGGAUGAAAGAAGGAAUUAUAUCCAUACGACGACUGACUUGGGAAACAAAAGACUCAAUUUUCGUUUUGCUCACUAA